AUGAAGCUACCAUUCAAGUUUAAGCCGACACCCAUAGAAGAUAUCGUUGGCGAGGCAAUUGCGCAAGUACUCCCAGACCACGGGAAACCGUGGUAUAAGGUAAAGCACUUGCUUGCUCUAAAUACGCUUUUGAUUGUGCCACUUCUCUCCGCCGCGAGUUUUGGCUACGAUGGCUCCUUAAUGAACGGUCUUCAAUCUAUGGAGGAGUGGCGACUGGAAUUUGGCUAUCCUAGAGGAACGAUGUUAGGUUUCGUUAAUGCUGCUAUGAGUAUCGGAGGUAUCGUGGCUCUUCCGUUUAGCGGCUAUCUUUCAGAUAAUCUAGGAAGAAGAUUGACUUUGGCUAUUGGCUUGAUUGGUAUAAUUGCAGGCACAAUUAUCCAAGCUACUAGUAUCAACAUUGCCCAACUUAUUGCUUCUCGCUUUGUUGUCGGUAUCGCAGGAUUAUUCACAACUCAACCGGCUCCAUUGCUUGUGGCCGAGUUGUCGUUCCCAACAUUUAGAGGUAAAAUGACCUGCUUAUACUGGGCCUUCUACUUUGUGGGUGCCAUAGUUGCAUCUUGGCUGUGUUUCGGAUGCACUGGAAGAGGUGAUGCAUGGGCUUGGCGUAUCCCAACUAUUCUUCAGGCAGCAUUUCCAAUAGUGCAGCUUACCUUCUUAUUUCUCGUUCCUGAAAGUCCAAGAUGGCUUGUGUCAAAAGGCAGGGUAAACGAGGCGAGAAAAACAUUGGUCAAGUUUCACGCUGGUGGAGAGAAUGAUAGUCCUCUUGUUGAAACCGAGCUUCUUGAGAUAUCCAAUGCUUUAGAAAUGGAGAAAAGCGCUAAUCAAACAUCCUGGAAGGCAUUUGUAGCUACUCCAGGAAACAGAAAGCGUACCUAUAUUGCAAUCACUUUGGGGCUUUCAUCGCAAUGGUGUGGAACUCCGGUUGUGUCCUUUUAUUUGACUUUAGUCUUGAACACCAUUGGAAUCACAUCAUCUUACAUGCAAACAUUGAUUAAUGGAUUUUUACAGGUGUUCAACUUUUUCUUUUCCACAUUGGCUGCUCUACUGGUGGACUUUUUCGGAAGAAGAUUUUUAUUUCUAUGGUCAGGCAUUGGUAUGCUUAUUUCCUUCAUCAUUUGGACAAUUUGCUCCGCUAUUUUUGAACAGUCAGGUUCCGUGGCUGCUGGAAGAACAGUUGUUGGUUUCAUAUUUAUCUUCUUCUUCCAUUAUGACAUGGCAUAUACUCCGUUGCUUUUGGGAUAUCCGACGGAGAUUUUUCCAUACUCAAUGCGUUCAAAAGGUGUCUCGCUUGUUCUAGUUACAACUUUUGUGUCUUUAUUUAUCUUAGCCUUCUGCAAUUCCAUUGCCAUGGACAAUAUUGGCUGGAGAUACUACAUUGUGUUUUGCGUCAACCUUGUCUUUAUUGUGCUCAAUGCUUACUUCUUCUUUCCAGAAACCAAAGGCUACUCUUUGGAGGAGAUUGCGGUUUUGUUUGAUGGACUGGAAGUCACAGACUUGGAGGCUCUGAUGUCCAAGGAGCAUAUUGGUAUGAUUGACGUUGAUGAAUUAGAGGAGCAACUGACGGAUAAACGAAAUGUCCUGUUUGAACACUUGGAAAGAACGAGCCGCUCCUCGUGA